ACUUUCCAAACUGUCGCCAAGUUCUUUCUAUUAUUAGUGUUUAUCCCAGUCGAACAAAAGAAUAAACACUCAAGAAGUCGGCUUUCUUUCGCAAGUCUACAACCCUUUCAGCGAGUUUUGAACCGAAACGGAGACUUCCUUGAAAAUCACUGAACCCAAACAACCAACCACUGAUAACUACGUGAACACAUGCAACUAAUUACCUUCCAAACUGUCUCUAAGUUCUUUCCAUUAGUAGUGUUUAUCCCAGUCGAACGAAAGAGAGACGCUCAAGAAGUCGGCUUUCUGUCACAAGUCUACAAACCUGUCUGCGAGUUUUGAACCGAAACAGAGAUUUCUUUGAAAAUUACUGAACCCAACCAACCAACCACUGAUAACUACCCCGUGAGAACAACUAAUUACCUUCCAAACUGUCGCUAAGUUCUUUCUGUUUAUUAUAGUUCAUGAAAACAAUUAUCUUCGCCUAAUAGCCACAUUAUUAUCAACAGAGUAUUUUAAUAAUAGUGGAUAUGUAUAUAUAGUUUUAGGUAUUCCAGCACGUAAACAGUCUGCUCCAAACUUUGAGAGACCGAUAUCAAAGAAAUCUGUCAACAUUGAAGAAAAUGCUUACUGUUCAGUUUGCCCUGGUGACAGUGCUGCUGUUCCCCUGUUUCUGUUCUGCUUAUCAAGUCACAGGACCAGAGAUCGCAAUCAAACAGAACCCUCUGUUUGACAACACGGAAGAUCAGUCCCAUAAGUCGCUUGCGAAACGAUUUUUUUUUCAUCGCGGUCCCCCAGGACCGAAAGGACAUACUGGACCGCCAGGGAUGAGGGGUCCACCAGGGACACCUGGCGCCCGGGGUCCUCCCGGCCCUCAAGGUCCUGCUGGGGCCCAGGGCCCUCCAGGGAGCAUGGAGCGUAACUGGAGGCAAUGUGUUUGGCAGCAUAAGGAUCUCGAAACUGACAAGGGCUUUCUCCUGGAGUGCAUUUUCAAGAAAAAUUCAGAUGACACUGGUCUGCGCGUUUUCUACAAUGGCGUACUGGGUAUCUUUAAUUGCGACAGGUGCUGUAAGCGGUGGUACUUCACCUUUAAUGGCGCCGAGUGCAGUGCUCCAUCGCCCAUCGAUGGUUUAUUGCACAUGCGAACCGGAACCGGAAAUGCCUUAAAAGCGCUACUUCGUGUCCGUCAUAUUGAAGGAGUGUGCGAAAAAGUCCCUAAGGGGGAGGUGAGAGUGGGAUUCUGGGUCGGUAACUGCUAUGGUUGGGGUGAUGCUGACGCGAGGACCGCAUGGGGUGCAGUAGCCCGUAUCUAUGUGGAGGAGAUGCCGCCGCCACAACAUCACUAGUAACGUUUUCGUGGAGUUUCAAUAAGAUUGAAGUCUCUUUCUUAGGGGUUAUGAGGAUCGUCACGAACUUCUUGUCCUGAGAGUAGCCUUGUGCAUGUAAUGUAAGGUAAAAACAACCUGCAGUUGUUCCAGUAGCAAACAGGCUUUUUUAAAUAAACAGCUUUGAAAGCAUAUAGUUCAGGAUAAAUCAGGAUAAAGUUUCUUUGUAGAUUAAUUUCACUGUAACACGGCGCAGGCUCAAAAUAAAAGUGGGAUUUACACUAA